ACAUUCUAUCCUAUCGGGAGAGGAGAGGGUGAUGUCACCUGCGAGUUGGUAACCUACGAGCUGCUGUGAAGGAAACUGUUUAACCGGAUCCCAUUGUACCCGGAGAGCAGAGCCGCCUUUCUAGCAUGCGGGGGCUGCUCAGGACUUUUCUGCUGUAGAAACUGUCGCACUAUGAAAAGCAUUCAGUGUGGUGACUCUUUCUGAUUGAUAAAGAAGACCUCAAAUACUUCAGCCAUUAAAGAUAGAACUUCAGGAGCAUGUACUGGAGAACAUUGUUGGAAACCAACUUUAAAGUUGCUGCAGCCAAACAGUCAGUGGCCAAAGUUUAGUCAUAUCAGGAUACAGAACAGAAUUCAGCUAUGGCACCAAGGAAGAGAGGUGGCCGGGGGAUUUCAUUUAUCUUUUGCUGUUUCCGAAAUAAUGACCACCCAGAAAUCACGUAUCGGCUGCGAAACGAUAGCAACUUUGCGCUUCAGACUAUGGAGCCAGCACUGCCCAUGCCCCCUGUGGAGGAGCUGGAUGUCAUGUUCAGUGAGCUUGUGGAUGAACUUGACCUCACAGACAAACACAGGGAAGCCAUGUUUGCACUUCCAGCUGAGAAAAAGUGGCAAAUAUACUGUAGCAAGAAAAAGGACCAGGAAGAAAAUAAGGGAGCUACAAGUUGGCCUGAAUUCUACAUUGAUCAGCUCAAUUCCAUGGCUGCUAGAAAAUCUCUGCUGGCUUUAGAAAAAGAAGAAGAAGAAGAGAGAAGUAAAACUAUAGAGAGUUUAAAGACAGCACUGAGGACAAAACCAAUGAGGUUUGUCACCAGGUUCAUUGACUUGGAUGGCCUAUCAUGUAUUCUCAACUUUCUGAAGACCAUGGACUAUGAGACCUCUGAGUCUCGAAUACAUACCUCUCUCAUUGGAUGUAUAAAGGCACUAAUGAAUAACUCUCAGGGCCGGGCUCAUGUGCUGGCUCAUUCUGAGAGUAUUAAUGUAAUUGCUCAGAGUCUGAGCACUGAGAACAUUAAAACAAAAGUGGCCGUGCUGGAAAUCUUGGGCGCCGUGUGCCUGGUUCCCGGAGGUCACAAGAAGGUUCUACAGGCCAUGCUACACUACCAGAAGUAUGCCAGUGAGAGGACACGCUUCCAGACGUUAAUUAAUGACUUAGAUAAAAGCACCGGGCGGUAUCGAGAUGAAGUGAGUCUCAAGACUGCCAUCAUGUCCUUCAUUAACGCAGUGCUAAGCCAAGGCGCAGGAGUGGAGAGUUUGGACUUCAGACUUCAUCUUCGCUAUGAAUUUCUAAUGUUAGGAAUUCAACCUGUAAUAGAUAAAUUAAGGGAACAUGAGAAUUCAACAUUAGAUAGGCAUUUAGAUUUUUUUGAAAUGCUCCGAAAUGAAGAUGAACUAGAAUUUGCCAAAAGAUUUGAGCUGGUUCAUAUAGACACAAAAAGUGCAACACAGAUGUUUGAGCUAACCAGGAAGAGGCUGACGCACAGUGAAGCUUACCCGCACUUCAUGUCCAUCCUGCACCACUGCCUCCAAAUGCCUUACAAGAGGAGUGGCAACACUGUUCAGUACUGGCUACUUCUAGAUAGAAUUGUACAGCAAAUAGUUAUCCAGAAUGACAAAGGACAGGACCCUGACGCCACACCUUUGGAAAACUUUGAUAUUAAAAAUGUUGUACGAAUGUUGGUUAAUGAAAAUGAAGUUAAGCAGUGGAAAGAACAAGCAGAAAAAAUGAGAAAAGAGCACAAUGAAUUACAGCAGAAACUGGAAAAGAAAGAGAGAGAAUGUGAUGCCAAGACCCAAGAGAAAGAAGAAAUGAUGCAGACCUUAAAUAAAAUGAAAGAGAAACUUGAGAAGGAGACAACUGAACACAAGCAGGUCAAGCAACAGGUGGCAGACCUCACGGCCCAGCUCCAUGAGCUCAGCAGGAGGGCUGUCUCCGCUUCGAUCCCAGGAGGACCCUCACCUGGAGCCCCGGGAGGCCCCUUUCCUUCCUCUUUGCCGGGUUCCCUUCUUCCCCCACUGCCCUUGACUCUGCCAGGUGGAGCGCUCCCUCCUCCACCUCCUCCCCUUCCUCCUGGAGGCCCUCCCCCUCCCCCAGGACCUCCUCCCUUAGGGGGGAUCAUGCCACCUCCUGGGGCUCCAGUGGGCCUGGCCCUCAAGAAGAAAAACAUUCCUCAGCCCGCAAAUGCCCUCAAAUCCUUCAACUGGUCCAAGCUGCCGGAGAACAAACUGGAUGGAACAGUAUGGACUGACAUUGAUGAUGCAAAAGUCUUCAAAAUGCUAGAUCUCGAAGACCUGGAAAGAACUUUCUCUGCCUACCAAAGACAGCAGGAUUUCUUUGUGAACAGUAACUCCAGGCAGAAAGAAGCAGAUGCCAUUGAUGACACACUGAGUUCCAAACUGAAAGUCAAAGAGCUCUCAGUGAUUGAUGGCCGGAGAGCCCAGAACUGCAACAUCCUUCUGUCGAGGUUGAAAUUAUCCAAUGAUGAGAUCAAACGGGCAAUUCUAACAAUGGAUGAGCAGGAAGAUCUGCCCAAAGACAUGUUGGAACAGCUUCUGAAGUUUGUUCCUGAAAAAAGUGAUGUAGACCUGCUGGAGGAACACAAACAUGAACUGGAUCGAAUGGCCAAGGCUGAUCGAUUCCUUUUCGAGAUGAGCCGGAUUAAUCAUUACCAGCAAAGACUGCAGUCACUGUACUUCAAAAAGAAGUUUGCAGAGCGUGUGGCAGAAGUGAAACCCAAAGUGGAAGCGAUCCGUUCUGGCUCAGAAGAGGUGUUUAGGAGUGGUGCCCUCAAGCAGUUGUUAGAGGUGGUUUUGGCAUUUGGAAAUUAUAUGAAUAAGGGCCAAAGAGGCAAUGCCUAUGGAUUCAAGAUAUCCAGCCUCAACAAGAUUGCUGACACCAAAUCCAGUAUUGACAAGAAUAUUACCCUUUUGCACUAUCUCAUAACUAUCAUGGAAAACAAAUACCCAAAGGUCCUCAGCCUAGGUGAAGAAUUGCGGAAUAUUCCUCAGGCAGCAAAAGUAAACAUGACUGAGCUGGACAAAGAAAUAAACACCUUGAGAAGUGGCUUGAAAGCAGUAGAGACAGAGCUGGAGUAUCAGAAGUCUCAGCCCCCGCAGCCUGGAGAUAAGUUUGUAUCCGUGGUCAGCCAGUUCAUCACAGUAGCCAGCUUCAGCUUCUCCGACGUUGAAGAUCUGCUAGCAGAAGCUAAAGACCUGUUUACAAAAGCAGUGAAGCACUUUGGAGAAGAGGCUGGCAGAAUACAGCCCGAUGAGUUCUUUGGCAUUUUUGAUCAGUUUCUCCAAGCUGUGUCAGAAGCCAGACAGGAGAACGAGAACAUGAGAAAGAAGAAGGAAGAGGAAGAACGGCGAGCUCGCAUGGAGGCACAGCUCAAAGAACAGCGGGAAAGAGAACGAAAAAUGAGGAAAGCAAAAGAAAACAGUGAAGAAAGCGGAGAGUUUGAUGAUCUCGUCUCAGCUUUACGCUCAGGAGAAGUGUUUGACAAAGACCUUUCUAAACUGAAACGGAAUCGCAAACGCAUCUCUAACCAGGUGACGGACAGCAGCCGAGAAAGACCAGUCACAAAACUUAAUUUUUAAUUUCUUUUGAAUACUUUUCUAGGAAACCUAGUAGCAGCCCUUUGAAGUGACUAGACCGUUUCAUUACACUGCCUUGCGACCCACACAGUGGCAAUUCAUCUGUGAGUGUGUGCGUGUGUGUAAAUGGAUGUGUAUAUGCGUAUGAAAACUGUAGAUAGAAGCCUGGAUGUCGUCCGGAGACUGCCGUGUGUGGUCUAAGUCUUUACGUUCAUGUGCGUGCAGAAGACCUCCGAGUCGUCCUUCAUGAGUGUGGCCCAGUUCCUUUCCCUGAACACCAAGACAGUUCAGAAGCACAAUACCAUCUCCUCAGAGGUGACAGACAUUCUCUAGUGUAAAGAGAGAGAAAAACAGAAAAAAGGCUUGUGAAUAUUUUGUGGUUUCCAAGCUUCAUGUACUCUGAAAUCAUUUUCAUCGGUGGGAAUGGGGUUGGGAGAAUUGAGACCAAGCCUGGUGUCUCAUAGCUGGCACUGUGAGUGGGGGCCCCGCUUCAGUGACGGUCGGACUGCUCGGGUGCAGACGCGGGUGUGUUGACGUCUGCGGACUUCCUUGUGCAUUGAGAGCAUCUUGCGCACAAUUUGUGUUAUGUCAAUGUCAGGCCCUUUUAUAUGUUUAAAGCUUGAACAUCAGGUUCUUUUCCCCCUAAUUUCAUCAAGUUUUCUGCCAAGUGCCCUUGAUAAUUUCUUUAUUGCUUUUAGGGAAAAAGAAAAAACACUAACUGCAAUCCAUGCCCUUGUUAAAGAACAAGAUUGCUAGAAUGUGCUUGUUGUUCUAAUAAUAUAGAUAUUUAAAUCUUAAAAACAAAAUUCCUCACCCAAGACUUAAAGGAAGAAUUCUCUAAGGGAUGAAUAUAAUUAAUUUUUUUAAUGGGAUGCCUUUUUCUGGCAUUUUCUGUUUUCUUUUUGUAGGACAAGCUGCAUCUUCUGUAAAUAUAGGUCUGGACUAAAAAGCACUUAGCACAUACAUAAAAUGUCAACAAUGUCAACAGACCUGGCCUGCUCUAUUUAUCUCUAAGUAUAUUUGAAGUGGUUUGCUGUUAUAUGUUGUCAUUUUAAAUUGUGUGUUGGUAAAGCUACCUGUAAAUUUUCAGUCCAAAAAAAUAAAGCUCUCAGGGAGAAAUGAAUACAAACAAUGAACAUUAGAAAAUAAAAUAUAGACGCUUACCAUUAACCUACCAACUCUUAAUAUCCUUAAAUUAUAUGAUCUAUAAAGAGGACUGUUACUUUUUUUCUUUUGCUUUAUUUAUUUGUAAUGUGUAUUGGGGGAUGGCUAACAUUUUCACCUCUCUUUCCAUCUGUCCUGUUGUGGUCGGGUUUCCUGUGGAGAGAGCAGUUUUUCCUGGUGCACUAGAACAUUACUCACUAAAUUGAAUUUUUCAGUCAACUAACAAAUAUUUAUUAAGUACCUACUAUGUACCAGGCGUAGUAGAGCUACAGUGGUAAGCAAGACAGAGUCCCUGCCCCUGAGGAGCUUACCUUCUCCCAGGGAUUUCCAGGGGUGAACCGAAUACCAGUGUGUGCGCUGUACAGAAAUCAUACUACUUAAAAGUAAUUUGUACUAACUCUGAUGCUUAGUGCAGAUGGCAAGGUAUCUGUGCUGUAUGAAAGCUGUGAAAUAGUGCUCUGUGAGUUGUCAAGAGCUGCGGUUUUACAUUUUUCCCUCAUUACAAACUUAGCAACUUUCUACCCAUGAUGUGGAAGUAAAUGACUUGCAAAUACAGCAGUCUUAAAAACCAAGCAGACUUGUGCUCCCCGGCCCCUUGUUAACCAUGGUCUGCACAUGUAGACCGUGCUAAAGGUGCAGACGUGACUUGGCUUCAUAAGCUCAGAAAGGAGGAGGAGGCUAGAAAGAUGGUUUUCUGUUACUUAACUAAAGUGCCUCUAUGUAUAUUCUUUUCUAUUUAUAGCAGGAGAAAUGCGAUCGGGCCCAGUUUUGGAAGUGUAUUUUCGCAAUGGCUUCAUCUUGUAGGUGAAGGAGUGAACAGGCGGAAGGAGAGUCACAGAAAGGAGCACAUUUGUGUAGCGCAUCCCUCUUGCCCUUCUGAAUCACCCUCAUUUUGACACGGUCAUCCUGGUGGGCCACCUUUGCCAUUUCUGUAUUUGGUUUCUUUCCCUAAAAACUGUGUGCAGUAAUCGAAUGUGCCAUUGUUGGGGGGGGGGGACAAAAAAAACACAAAAAAACUACUUUUUAGACUGGUGCUGGUGUAAGUAGUCACUUUUCUCUCUUGGGUGUGUGUUUUCAAGGUUUGUUUGUUUGUUUGUUUGUUUUUUAAAUUAAUGCCAAAAAGAAAAAGCAUUUUAAUUUGUAAACUUAAUGAUACAUCUUGUAUCUUAUUAGCUUGGUAGUUGGAGCCACUUAGUCUUUAGGUGCAACACUGUUGUUAUUGUACCAAGAAAAAACUGUUGUAUGUGUUAUGAGACUGUACAUUUUUUUAAGAUAGCAAAAUGCAAUAAAGAUGACUUCAUUGGGUGUAUAUAUACAUAUGCUUUCUACUAAUUAUUAAAGUAGCAU